AUGGCCUAUCCAGCCCUCCCCGAGGAGUCCGGUGCGGAGCGCCUUUGUCCUCGCCGGUGCAGGGGUGCGUCCGGGUGCACCUGUGGCUCGCGGUCUCUGUCUCCGGCGCGCUCUACGCCCGCUGGGUCGCCGUCGAGGAGCCGUUCGCAGCAGUCCGGCGACAGUGACUCCGGCAACUACUCCUUCAACACCGGCACCCAACAGGCAUCAGAAUCCCAGGGCAAUAGUGACAGUUCAAUCCCUGAUGCUGUGUACGAGCAUGACUGGAGUGGUAUGCAUAUUGAGGAGGCUGAUCAGUGCCAGUUCGUGGAGUGGUUGGAUGAACCAUGGCCAGAACGGGUGCAGGAGAGCCUGAAAGAGCUGUGGAAGGAGCUGAAGGUCACUAGGCGGUGUGAAGCAAGGGCAAAUCAAGCUUUGCACGAUGCCCUGGAGACCAGUGCCACUGCAACCUUGGCUAGAGUUGCUUUGAAGGAGGAAGUGAAUUGCACCAAACAUGUGGCUCAGCGCAUCUGUGGUACCUACGAGAGGAAGGCCGCCGUCGCUGUAAUCGAUAGGAGCAAGAUGAUAUACCUCAUCUACUGCCUGCUUGGAGUGAUCGUCUUCCUGGUGAUUGCUAUCGUUUUCAAGGCCAAGUUUCUGUGGUCUUUUGUUCAUAUGACCAAGUUUCUGUUAGUAUCAGUAGUGCUUCGAGUAGUUGGUUUCAGGAGUUGUCGGUUAGUUGCAGUAGUCAAGUGGUAUGGUUAG